AUGUGCGGCGGCGCCCCCCUAGAGGCUCCCUCGGCACGACGCCUUCUGCCGCCACCGCCCGACUUUUCGACUCCCUCCCCAAAGGUCGAGUCUGACCGGGCCCCCGGGUCCCCAUCUCCCUCCUAUGAGGUUGAGCCAGCAACUACCCCGCGCGCCACCCCCGUGACGGGCUCGACGUCCUCCUCGCCCAUCCCCUCCUCGGCCGCAGGCUCGGCCGGCACUGCCGCCGCCGCGGCCCCAAUUGCCGAUGCCGUGGCCCCCGUCGCCGCUGCGGCCCCCGUAUCUGCCGCGGGUGUCCCGGCUGCCGCGGCUCCCGCCCCCGCCGUCGGCCCUGCUGCCCCGCCUCUUGGCGUGAUGACACGUGCCCGGGCAGGAGUGCUCCGACCGAGCAUGCGCUACUCCUCCGAUGAGUAUGUGCGCACCGCCUCGACGUCGACGCCAUCACCCAUCCCCACCUCCGCUCGCGCUGCCUUCGGGAUCCCCACUGGCUAG